AUGGACGGUAACCCCCUGGCGGAGAUGGACCGAAUGGACUAUCCGUCGACCAGCUACGGCCAACAGGAUCCGCAACAGCUCGGUAUCCCGUCGGGACCUACACCCACCCAGGCUCCGGCUGGACAACAGCAGCAACAACAACAACAGCAUCCAGGGCAGCAGAAUGGUCCUCAAAACGGGCCACAGCAGCAACAGCAACCUUCGGUUUUACAGGAGUUACUUCAGCAAAAUCCCCAAGACUCACAGCAGUCAAACUUCGGGCCACGCGCCGGGUACUACCCAGGAACAACGGGUCAAAUGGCCAACUAUCAGCAGCAAAGAAGCCAAUCAAUGCAAGCAAAUAUGGGUUAUGGAGGAGCCGCCGGGGCUACGGGUACCCCACAAAUGAACGGGAUCGGCCGCGGAAUGGUCGGAAAUGGGCCUCAGGCCGCUCAGAUGAGGCCACCCAACGGGAUGGCCUAUCCGGAUAUGGCCCAAAUGCGACAGGGCGGCCAGCAAUAUCCGCAGAUGCCGGGAAACAUGGCCCAAAUGCAGCAAUAUCACCAGCAAAUGGGGCAACAGAUGUCGGGCCAAAUGAUGGGAGCGCAAUACGGGGGAAUGGUUCCGCAACCAGGUGCUGCAGCUCAACGAGCCGGGCUGCCGACGCAAAACGGAGGGAUGAGAUAUCCGCCCGCGUACAAUCGACAGGUCUCGGCCCCGAUGCCAGCGACGGGAGCGGAUCCGCCACAAGCAGCCGCACCGACAAGGACGUCAAAUUCGAAGAAAGCGCAGCAACAACGGCAACAACAACAGCAGCAGCAGCAACAACAGCAGCAACAACAAGAACAGCAGCAGCAAGAUAAUCCAGCCGGCUUCGCACCGAUGCCAGCAGCAGGUCGAGGACAACCACCGCCAUACUCUAGCCUUGCAAAUGGACAAAUGAUGCACAUGCAGUACUCCAACCAAAUGGCGAUGCACCCCGGCUACAGCAGCAUGCCGCAGCAACAGAUGCGCCAAAUGCCGCAGUACCCCGGAGCGCCGAUGCCCCACCCAAGUCCGCAGCAAAGUGCACAGCCUCAGGGAGCAAAAGCAGCCUCCGCGGCUCAUGAUCCAGCCCAGCAGCAACAACAAGCCGGAAGAACCCAGCAGCAGCAAACGGCCCAACAACAAUACCAGAUGCAACAACAACAAAUGCAACAGGCGCAUAUGCAGGUAAAAUGGGGAAAA